UCACAAAAAUAGGCAAUUCGUUAUGCAGAUUUGCUAUGCGGGUUGCCGAAAAUUAGGUCACAGAAACUGUCAAAUAAUCAAAUGUAUUUAAAAAGUUCAGUUUUUCUGCAUCAACAAAAAUACUAAAUAAGAUAUGGCUAGUAAUAUACAAGGAUUUAGUUAUUGUUGUGAAAUUUGUGGUUUAGAAGGCCUUAGUGAAGAUGAAUUUAGAACCCAUACUCAUACUGCUCAUGUGGAUGGUAAUGCUGUGUGCCCUUUCUGUGAAUUGUCAGCUGUUUCUCCAGCCGAACUCAUUUUACACGUGAAUCAGGCCCAUUUAGACUUUUUAACUCCCGAGUCUGAACAGAACAUAAGCUUCAUCGAUGAUCCUAGUCCGAGUGAAUGUAAUGGGCUAAAUGGUGAAAAUAAUUGGAACUUUCCGUCUUACUCUAGUAAUAAUCAAAAUAAUCCUAGGGAAGUUAAAAGUAAUAUAAAUAACAUAAAUUUAAAUCCAAAGAUAAAUGGGGGUGGAGAAGCAAGUCCAAAAAAUUCCAGCCAUGGUCAGGGAUCACCGCUACGUUCUAAUUUAGCUCUGAAAUUGAAAAGUUCUGCCCCCAAAUUACAAUGUCCUAUGUGUAACUAUACUAGCUUGAGUCCUAAUGAAUUGGAAGAACAUGUAAACAGGAGUCAUUUUGACCUGACGUCUCCGUCGUUGGGAGGAACUACGGAAGAGAUAUUCUCUUGCCCAUUAUGUGUUAAUUCUUUCAAAUCUGCACCAGAUCUGGAGCUUCAUGUCAAUAUCGAACAUCGUGACAUCCUGUCGCCGGCUAGUCCUUCAACUCAUGCGUGUCCUGUCUGCGGUAUUACUAUCGACAGUGACUGUAACAGCGAAGCAGCUAUUAGACAUGUAGAAUCUCACUUUCCCGCUGGUUCGCCUCAGCCGGCGGAAAAAGCAGCUCUCCGCGAACGCGAACAAAGAGAAUUCGAAUUGCUGCGUGCUCAGUACGGCAUGGACAACCAGGGUAACUUCAGAGAACAGUCUGUAACUAAUAUGCAGCGUGCUGUCUACGCAGGAGAAAUGAGCGUCGCUGAUUAUUAUGAACGGACUUUGGACCUAAGAGCUGCCGAAAGCUGUGGUAUCGACGACGGGAGCUCGGUUACUAGAAGCAUUGUUCCCCGAGUUAGAGCGAUGAGUAAUAACGCUACAAAUGUUGUAAGAACGCUGCUCUGCACUUGCGUCGACCAUUAUGCUUCUUCUUAUGGAGACAGGGGAUGGGGAUGCGGUUACAGGAACACUCAGAUGUUGUUUUCUAGCUUGUUGACACAUACUGGGUAUAACGAGAGACUUUAUAAGUUGUGGCAGGGUCAGAAGCCGCCGAGAAGUUCGGUACCGAGCAUAUCGAGAAUUCAAGGACUCAUUGAACAAGCGUGGGCACAGGGUUUUGAUGUUCAGGGAUCUGAACAGUUGGGAUGCAGGCUGGUCAAUACAAGGAAGUGGAUAGGGGCGACGGAAGUUGUAACUCUACUAUCAUAUCUACGAAUAAAGUGUCAAUUGGUCGAUUUCCAUCGCCCCACUGGGCCCGGCGGUACCCAUCCGGAAUUAUUUAAUUGGGUUCUAAAAUAUUUUGAAAGCUCAGUUGGUGGUGAAUUCACAGCGCCCCUUUACCUGCAGCAUCAAGGUCAUAGUCGGACAAUAAUGGGUAUAGAAGUUCACAGGGACGGCAGCUUGGUUCUUUUAGUCCUUGAUCCUAGUCAUUCUCCACAACAGAUGGCGCAGUUUGGCGAUACGAAUAGCGUCACUGCAGCACUGAGAUUACUAAGGAAGAGCGAAGCAGCGAUGAAAGCACGGCAGUACCAGAUCGUUGCGAUCGUUGGUAUGAUCGACAAUGAACAGCAGUAUCAGCAAAGUAAAAUUUUGCGUGGUCUGCGGAUCCCUCAAGAGCGGUGAGAGUGACAUUUUGGAAAUGUUAGGAAAAUAAAGUCGGCUUUAUGAAGUUUUAAAAAGAUUCUCUCCACAUAUUUCACCACCUUUGCUGUUCAUAUAUCUUAAAAGUUUACAUAUGAUCGAGGUCACAAUUACCUUCUGUUUUCGUGUUUGUGCGAGGGUACUUUCAAAAUUUCCCAUCGAAAGAAUUUGGUUUUUCCGAUAUGACGUUUUCUGCGACCUCAUGUGUGAAUUUUUAAGAGUUUGUGUGAAAAUUUGCCACACUUUAGCCUUCAUUUUUCUUUUGAAUCAUGGCCUGGAAAUGUCAAUAAGUAGCUGGUAAGAUAAAAGCUUAACUAUAUAUUUUAAAAACAAUAAAUAUAUAUUAUAUACUUGUAUUUUACAUAUUUUUUAAAACGUCUACACUGGUUUAUUCAGUUAUUGUGAUAUUUUUUGAGUGAGUGUCGGCAAACAUAACUAAUAGAGGGUUGUUGGAAUUUGUACACUUCCUUUGCACGUUCGCAUAAAUAUAUAUGGAAUAUUCACUGACAGUUCAAAAAUUAGUAAAAAAAAGCAGAUCUCUUGCCGUUUAUACGCUAGGAUUCAAUUUUGAUGAAAAAUUUCAACUUGCAUUAAUACAAAUAUAAAAAGCAUUUAUUUUAAAACAGUCAAUUAAAUUUUCAUUUUUAUACUUUUUUUUUCCAAAGACGAUGUACAGGGUUUUCAUUUAUUGGGAUCUACAAUAAACAAAGAAAGGUAGAUGAAUGCAGUUGUUAUGCUAUAUCUGUCUCAUUAAAACAACUUAUGUAGUCUCCUAACAAGUACUUUUAUGAGUGAAAAUUGCAACAUAAUUUGUUUUAUUAGGUGUUAGAGUGUGAACAAAAACAUGGCAUAUUUUUUUAUUUUUCGUAUCCCUAGUCUCGUCUACAUCUUUCCAAGAAUUUUGAAAUUUGACCUUUAUUAUUCUAUUUCUUCAUUCUUGCGAUGUAUAUGACAAUACAAUGUUAAAGUAAUGGAUAUUUGGGUACAUAUUUCUGUUAAACAAUCAGUAUCGUUCAUUAUCAUCUACAUAUACUGGAAUAGUACAGUCUAUAUAAAAAUUAAGGCAUGUAAUAAAAAUAUCCAGUAUGGCAGCUGUAAGGGUUUGUUUCCUUUAUACUUUACUUUCAGUGUCUUUUAGCCAGACAGGAAUGUCAGCUCAGCAUUUGACAAACAUGACAUUUUAUUAUUGUUCCAUCAUAGAUGAAAAAUAGCUAAUAUAUUUGUUAAUUUGAUAGGCAUAGCUCAAACAAGACAUUUUAAAAUUUCUUUUGUGAAAUGAUUCCUACGAAUGCUGAAAAAAUACUAAUCGAUCAGUAUACCCAGUUCAUAAUGCACACUCUACAAAACCCCCUUAACUUUGUGUCAAAAUAUAAAUGAAAACCCUGUACAGUGUGUUUUCCUAUAUUUUACACCAUACUUGCAGCUGCUAUUUUUGGAGAUAUGAAAUGUUAAAUACAUACAUGUUAAAUAAAUUUUUCUAAAGCGUGAGAAUUUUAUAUGAAAUCAAACAAACGAACAUUGCAAAUGUGUUAAAAUAAACAAACUGUUCUUUUUAAUAAUGGAACACCCGGUAUACUUUUACUUUUUAUCUUCAACAAUAACCGCUGUAGAUGGAAUGCUACGUUUUUUUAACUAUUGUAACUUUAUAUUGUUUUAAAUAUGGAUGUCUUGUCAGAUACAUUGAUUAUAUAGGGUGUAAAAAAUUUGACUGCCACUACUUCAGCAUGAGAUAAAGUAAUCAUAAAUCACAAAAAAGUUGUAUAUUA